AUGACACCUUCCACCGCAUACAAGCCGGUACCUGGUAAAAUGGACCCCCCCAAAGCCCCGCGUCCUUGGGUAAAUCGGACCAUAGUUUCUGGAUCGGUAGCCCCAAUCCUUUCUUCUGCGGGUUCGGCUUCUCCACCGGCAAUCAAGUGUGGAGCCUCUGCGCGGGAAACCACGAAGGCUUUCAAAAUCGCGACUGGUCGUCGCAUGCGAGAGCUGUACGAUGACAAGUACACCAGGGAAGAGUUGGUUGCGGAGAUUAGUAAGGAUAGUGGUAUUUUUGCAGCGGACUCACCUGCUGCAUUGUCUUUGACAAUCCGCCGGUAUCUACGAGAAAGAUAUGAUGGUAAAGGUAGUAAUGAUGAGAUCUUGGCAGCUCUGGCUGAGGAUUUUCUAGUGUUUCCGAAGGAGUUGGGGUAUUGA